GGAGCUUAGCCGGGCAGUGCGAAUCCUGGGGGCUCUUCCGGUUCCAUAGGCAGCAGUCCGGAGCAAAGAUGCUGCCGACCGGUAAUGGUAUGGGCAUCGAGGCUGGGCCCUUCGCUCUCCCAGAGGGGGGCCGCUGUGCGAUGGAGGUUCGCAACAUGAGCCGAGCCCCGGCCAUAUCGCUCCCGGAGCUCCGCUCCAUCCUGGCCACUGACCGGGAUCGGGUCCGGCUCAUCGAUGUGCGCUCUCGGGAGGAGUCCGCGGCUGGGACCAUCCCUGGGGCUCUCAACAUCCCGGUGUCGGAACUGGAGAAUGCCCUGCGCAUGGAGCCCGCUGACUUCCAGGCUACCUAUUUUGCAGAGAAGCCAAUACCAGAAGAAGAGAAUCUAGUCUUCUUCUGCCAGAUUGGCAGCAAUGAAUGCCAUGCCAUGCAGACCGCUAGGGAGCUUGAGUAUUUGGGGGCUAAUUACGAAGAUGCCUAUAGGGCAUGGCAAGCAAAGGAGGGUUAAUCAGGAGGAAGGAACACUGAUACCUUCCUUCCCCCGGUAACCUUUCUGUAUGUGGGUACACUGCUAUGCCCACAAAGUAACCUAAUAAAGAGUAUUUAAUGGAAAAACUUGCAAA